CUGCGCUCCUGUGGGCCCUGAGGCGAUCCCGGCCGCUCCCGCCCCGCGCUGGCUCCGAGCGGCUCCGGGAGAGCGCCCGGGAGUUGAGCUGUGCCAAAGGACCGCAGCCGCCAACAGUCAAGGCAAACAGCUUUUAAUGUACUGCUUAAGCGGCUCCGCGGGGUUUUAACGCGCUGUCCGCAGUUUAUUAUUGUUGUUAUAUUAACAAAACCUAAAAGACAGCCUUGCAAGUUUGCGGUUUACAGUAUGUGCCUUAUAAUGGCGAUUUUCCUAAAAGAUGUAAAAAGCAAUGCGUAUUUAUUUCUUUUGAAUAUCUGUAGUUUUACAGGGAAAAAUUGAGACAGAACUCGAUACAAAUACUUUUUUAAAGAAAUAAACUUUGAUCCUCGGAGACUAUCCUUUUCCUCCUAAAAAUGGAGGUAAAGUUUAAAAAGAAAAUACACCAAGACAUCAUUUGUUAUAUAUGGGAUGCGUCUGUGCAUUGCUCAAGUUUCAUUAAGUGGUGUGGCGUUGUUUUGGUUUUUUUAAACAUUUAGAGGUGUGAUUUCUAAGACAUGACCGAAAUUUGAAAGAACGCAUACAAAGUAGGCUGUGUGCUGGUUAAAUAUGAGGGAAAAUGAAAUGAGAGGUUUGAUCUGUAAUUCUUAAUUUUACAGUCCAGGAGCUGCAUCUGUUUCUUCCAAGGCAGUCCUCCAACUCUCUGAAGGCAUCGUACGAGGAGUGGCUGCUGACGUACGGCUUGAGCGUCUCUCCCUUUCACCUGCGCUGGCAAACGGCUCUCUUCAACCGCCAGUUCUACAACUGGGGGAGAUGGAAACCCAAACUCCUCUACUUGUGGUUCAGUGUAGGAAUGGUGUUUGGAAUAGUUGCCAUGUUUGGCUCCGUUAUUCUGCUUGGAAAGACCCUGCUGCAGACACUGACCCAGAUGCUCACCGAGGCUCCGAAAGCCCAAAAUGAUCGAAUGCUGCAAGUCGUGGUGCCUGGUGUCAAUUUGCCCAUCAGCCAGCUGACCUAUUUCUUCUCUGCAAUCCUCAUCAGCGGUGUGAUACACGAAGUCGGCCAUGGGGUGGCAGCGAUUCGAGAACAAGUGCGAUUUAAUGGAUUUGGAAUUUUUAUCUUCAUUAUCUAUCCUGGAGCAUUUGUUGACCUCUUCACAACUCACUUGCAGUUGAUAUCUCCUGUUCAGCAGUUAAGGAUAUUUUGUGCAGGGGUGUGGCAUAAUUUUGUUCUUGGUGUUGCCAGUUUCAUGGUGUUGUUUCUGCUGCCAGCCAUUCUUUUCCCAUUCUAUUACACGGGUGUUGGGGCACUUGUCACUGAGGUUGCAGAGGAUUCUCCUGCCAAUGGACCGAGAGGUCUUUUUGUGGGAGACCUUGUUACUAACCUACAAGACUGCCCAGUUUAUAAUGUGGAAGACUGGAAUUCCUGUCUGGGAGACAUUUCAGAGAAGUCACAGGUCGGCUACUGUGUAAGUGCAGCCACCCUACAGCAAUUAAGCUUUCCAGCUAGAGUUUACAGAAGACUUGAUGGCACAGUUGAAUGUUGUAGUAACAACAGCCUCACAGACAUUUGCUUUUCAUACAGCAAUAAGUUGGAGAGCCAUCUGUAUGCCUGUCUGCCAGCACGAAAAGUUAUUGAAGCCAGCAAAGUUUGUCGAACCAACGUGGACUGCCAUAAGGACUUCGUUCCAAGCUUUUGUGUGACUCCUUCUUUGGAGAACCAAACAAGGCUAAUCAGGGUAAAGCAUCCACCCCAUAUUGACAUGCUCUAUGUAGGACACCCCAUGCAUCUUCAGUACACAGUAAGUCUCAGCAGUUUUGUACCACGACAAAACUUUCUGAGUAUUGAUCUGCCUGUGAUGAUAGAGACAUUUUGCAAGUACCUCAUCUCACUAUCAGGAGCACUGGCAGUUGUCAACGCUGUGCCCUGCUUCGCUUUGGAUGGUCAGUGGAUAUUAAAUUCCUUCCUGGAAGCCACACUGAGCUCCCUAAUUGUAGAAAAACAAAACAGAGAGUUUGUUGGCUUUUUGAUUUUGCUUGCUGGUAGUGCACUUUUGGCUGCCAAUGUUGCACUGGGACUUUGGAUGGUGACAGCGCGAUAGAACCUUGGACAUUCUUCCAUCAAUUCUCAAAGUAUAAUGAAUAAAAAUAAUGAAUCCAUUACCUUUUAAAAUUUGUCCAGCACUGAGAUUGAAAUAAUUCCCCUAAUAUGAGACUGAAAGAACAAUCAACUGGUGGUUGCUGUUUUAAUUUAAAACUUCCUAACACCAUGCCUGUGGUCAUGGGAAAUUUAAUAGGAAAAAGCAGGAGCCUUUUUAUUUACUCUUUAAGCACUGUAUUAAUUUUGGAGAAAUUGCAUUUUAAGAUUUCAUAGGAAAAAAUCAGACUUCAUUAAUUCAGAUCUCAAAAUAAGGGAAUUAUUUUAUCUCAAACAUUUGUAAAGUGGGAGGAAAAAAAAAGUUUUAUUUUAUAAUUUAAAUAAUUGUCUGUGUGGGCUCUGAUCAUUUCUCCAUCAGCAUAUUCUUCAGUGACUUGUUUUGGUUUUUUUAGUCUGGUGUUCUACCAAACUGGAUUUUAAGAAGCCCUAAAUUCUGGUCUCAAAAUGGGCAAAAUCUAGGUAAAUGCUUACCAUGUAUUAAUGGGGAGAGAGCAGCCAUUUGGGUUAGUGGCUUUCCUUUCCACCUGGCCAAAAUGACUGGAGGAAUGUUGUCCUCAGGAUGUAGAUGAAAAGUGCCAAUGUCUGCUAAAAAGGAAGCAUGUGGGGGGAUAACAAAGCCCACAUGUUUGUGUUGCUUACACUUUCAGUUGUGUGUUAUCAGAUGCAGCUGAAGUUUUUUUAAAGGCAAUAUUUGUCAGCAAUAGCUACAAGAUAACUGAAAUUAUAGUUUCUGAGUGCUGAAGUAUGCUGUGCACAGUUUUCCUAAGUGAUACGUAAUGUUUGUGGUGUUUUACUCAGAAAAUAAUACUGUAUUCUACCUAUUCACAGUUGAAAGUGAAACCUGUUGUUUUUAUGGUGUCUAUUUUCUGAUGCUAUGCAUGCAAUAUGUACAGUAACUCACUGAUGGUUUUCUGUAUUUCAAAGGGAAUUUUCCUUUGCUAGGAUUCAUUCUGUUCAAAGAUAGCUAACAAAGAUAUUUAGCUUGUCUUAGAUAUGAAUUAUUUAGAGGAAGAAUAUGAUUGUGACUUGAACUAUUUAAACAUUUGGCUUUGCUUUCUGAGAUGAAUACAGACCAUAUCUUUGUUCUUAAAUGAACAGUGGAAGGACAAGUCAGUGUUUUACUGACUGAAGUAUGUCUGAUGUGCUUUGAAGUUCUUUAGGUUUGUAAUAUUUUGUACCCAAUAGGAUUAUAUAUUUCAUGUCUUUUAUUCCUGUGAUAUAUUGCCUAGUUUAUCUAAAUCAGGUUCAGUCAAGAGCCUUGCUCAAUAUAGGCUGAGAUUUAAACAAAAAUGCUCUGGUUUGGGAACCUAAAUAUUUGAAAUAUAAAUUUUUUUUUUAAAUACCCUACAACUUCUGCCUCAUACAGUGUUCUCCAUAGGAGCUGCUGCAUCUCAGAAUUCCUUUACAGAAAUGGCCUUUCCAUCAGGAACUGAAGUGGAACCUCAGCUUACAGCUCCUUGCCUGCAGGGAGUGCUGAAAUAUCCAUGACCAAGUAAAAUAGAUUAUUUUGGCACUUGAGGUGAAAGCCUGGGUAAUUUCAAAGUACAUUGAUGUGUACUUUUGCACAGUAACUUUCACAUUUAAGAUGCACUCCUUUCUUACAAUGAUAAAGCAGCAAUGUGAAACCAUGUUUAUUUAUUUGUUGUUUGCUAGUUUAUAUCCCCUUCCAGUGCUGCCACAGGCUGAGUGGGCCCUUGAAGUUUACUCUGUGGGGUGGCUGGCCUGUGCCUCUCCUUUUCAGUCAUUUCAACCCAGGCAAGCUGGGACAGGUCCUGGUAGGAGAGGGUGAAUCCUUCCAUUGAGUGUGAGCUGGCCCCUUUGGGGACCAUUAAAAGUAAAACAAAGUGCAAGAAAGGAAAAACUGUAACCCUAAUUUGUCAUUACUCCUGGAAACACAGAGAAGUUUCAGAGUAGCAGUUCUGAUGGGCCACUCUGCCAUCCCUUGGUGGACAGGAGGACAGGAGCAGCCUGGUCCUUGCCCAAGGCCUGGCUCUGAGACUGUUCCAGACUGCUGUCUCACCUCAGUGGCUGUUUUCUUAUCUGAGCUCUUUCAGUGGCUCUUUUCUCUGUCUUAUUCAAUCUACAGUGCAAAAAAUUAAUUUGGACUUAGAAGUUUUAAUGUAGCUUAAUAAGACAGGAUAUUUGCUUUAAAAACUUGUCAAGUUUGAUAUUUAUUGAUUCAUGUUGACUACAAUGGCUUGGAACAAUCCUUUAGCAUAAUGCCUUUCAUGGAAAUGUAGGCAACAGAUUUGGAAAAACCCAAAGCUUCUGAAUUGGCAUGCACAAAUUUCAUUUGCUAUAAUGAGACUGGCAGGCAGUUCCUGGUUAUUUAGUGUGCUACCAAAACAUGAAGUUUUAUCAAAUGAAGCUAAAGCCAGUGUACUUUACAGUCAGUGAAAGCCACAGUUCUACUGAGUAGAACUUCAGUCUGUGUCUGACCUCAUAAGCAAGAAGAGGGUGGAGAAGACAUUGGUCAUGGCUUUAGCAAAACAGACACACUAGUGCACUGUAAAGACCCUAGAUAACCUAUCAUGUAUGGAAGGGAGAGUGCGAGAAGUGCUUAAAAAUAGUUCAUGAGUCCAUUUCUCCACAUGCUAAAAUUUAACUGAGUACGGGUUGAUUUAGGUAUAUACAUGUUCUUUAAAUCAAGACUUUAAGCAAACUGAGUACGAAUGGUGAGAUAGCACAGGUUAGUGUGGACAAAGGUAAUAGUUAGGUUGGACUACUCUCUGAAGAAGAAGUUGUUCAGUGAGUCCAUUUCAUUCUCUAUAAUCCUGACAUAUGGAUUACAUUCUGAUAAGCAUGUGCCAUACAUACACUCACUGGGAUGAUUUUUCCUUGGGUUUUGGUCAUUUAUUUAGCAAGAGAAAACACAAAAGUACAGAGUGAUUUUUGUGUGUAAGAUUUUUACUGGAGUAUUUCUGAUGUGUGUUUUGUUUUUAUAAAAAUAGGAAGUCUUUAAAUUAAAUCCUUCUAUAUUUUAUUCUAAUUAGCCCCUCAGAAUCUUUAAUGCAGAAUUCCUCAAUAUAAUUUAGGGGCAUAUUGGCUGGACUAUAAAACACAGCACUCUUAAAGGCUGGAUGGCUGCUAUUAUUUAUGUAUAUACUAUGCAUUUUAAAUCUGUAUCAGAUGGAAAAAGUAAUGUCUAAUAUUCAGAAAUGUUAUACUUAGCUUUUGUUUGAAAAUUUCCAGAAGAAUUCCAUAAUUAUAAUCAUUGUUCUACUUUUUUUAAAAUGAAAUAGUUUUUUAUAUCAGCAAAUAUUUACAUAGCAUAUUCUGAUAGUGCAUGAUAUGACAUGAAAGUGGCAAACUCCUUAGCAUGGGAGAUGUUACAUGCUCUUUGCUAACUUAGGAAUUUAAAACCAGCUUGCUUCUGUACAAAUUAAAUUAAAGAGGCUUCAGUAGAAAAAGUACAGACAAACUUGCAGAUUAGUCAUCCCAAAUUAUGAGCCACAGUGGAAAAUUUGUUACCUCAUCCUUUUUAUUUAGAAUGAAACAACCAUGUUAAUAGUUUCUGUGACAACCAUGUUAAUGUGAUAGUUCUACAUUUGUGGAUAUGUAUGUAUACAUACAUUUGUAUAACAGAUACAUACAGAGCCAUAAGAUGGAUUAAUGCUUUUUUUAGGGAUAGCUUACAGCAACCUUCCAUAUCCUGCAAUGCAGGCUUUUGUUUUUCUUUUUCAUUCUUUCUGUGAAUUCUCUCUAUGGUUUUCUCUGGAUUUGAAAUGAAAAACUUAUGUUUUCUUCCCAAAAGCAAUUCUUAACUUCUUUAUUAACAGAAGACAAGUGAUGGGGACAUGAUGUAACCACAGCUGCAUGAGUUUUGUUCAGCUGGUGUUUAAAGCAUGUCUCUUAUUUCUGUGAAGCCUCAGCUAUACAAGCAUGGUAAACACAGCUUUUUCAGGGUGACUGAAAAAGGUCAGUCUUCACUCUUACUGCUGCUGUUUGUGCUCUUCUGGAGAACUGGGAUGAACAAGACUGUGCAGAGCAUACUGAAGAAAUAAAGUUUUCAGGACAGAACUCUCCAUGGCAGUCAGGGUGUUUCAGCUUUCUAUUAAUAAGGAUAUGUUUUAUUCCAUUUAGCACAUCAGCAAUCCCACCGCUCCCAAAGCUUCCCAUACAUUUUACAUUAUGUCAAAGGGUGACCUGUAGGAAUAUUUUUAAAAUAAAUUAUGUAUGUCUUACAAAUUCAGAGCUUUCUUACAGAUCUGGAUAUCACUAAUGACAGAUGAAGAAGGCUUAAAAAGGUUUAUAUAGGCUAGUCUGUAUUUAAUUGUUUUAAAAAUAUGUGAGUUAAACUCUAAAAGUAGUUAUUUGUAAAAUAUGCAUUCUGUACACCUGCAUUCAGACCAGUUUCCACAACCAGUCUUGCCUCAGCUUUGUUCUUGUAAUUUUGUGAAUAAGGAAUCUUGAAUCUUAACACAGGUAAGAUCCAAUAUUGAUAAAUAUUUUAUACCCUCUUUAUCCUGAAUUUCAUGUAAUGCUUUCUAUUGAUUAGUUAUUUAAUGUGACUGAGUUAUCUGGGAUACACACCCUGCAUCAGUGCAGCAUUUGGGAACAUUGCACUGAGGACUGCCAGAAAACAGCAGCUCUGUGACUCCUGGUCCUUGGGCUCAUCCACUCCAUCAUGUGAAGAGCAGAUGGCAGCUUCUAAGGGCAGUGAAGGACUUCUGUUCAUGGCAGCUUUAUGAAACUUUCACACUGCUGACCUGGUGUGAAAGGACAGGAACAAAGAGCAGGAUAUGACACUGCAAUUCCUUUCAUUCCAUUUACAUUGUCAUGAAACCUGAAAAGAACUUUUAAUUAACAUUUCAGAGCAGGAAGAUAUGUUUUCCAGCCCUUCACUGAAUCAUUCAGUGACUGGUGGUCAAACUUUUUUCUUAACACUUUGUCAUUCCUUCAAUAAAUAUGUGCUGAAUAAGUAGCAGGGGUAGUUGUAGCUUAUUUUGUAAAAUGGACUUGGGUAUUUCUCACCUCUGGUUCGUCCUGGGAUGGUUUUUGCAGCAUCAUAGUGUAAUUGAUCUUCACUGAUGCUGGGUAAAGUUUGGAGGCUAUUUCCAAGCCAUCACUAGGAAAAACUAUUUCCAAGUUGUUGCUUAAUAUUUUAAAUUCAUCUUUUCCUUACAUUACAUUGUUUUUAGAUUUCAUGUACUUAGUUGAUCUUAUCUGAAGUCUGUCAAUGGAAUAUGUAUUGUUUAGAAAUUCACUGUGGGUUUUUUUUUUUCCAUUUACAUGGCCUUAUUUUUCACAGUGACUCACAGCUGUGGAAUGUUAGAUUUCUAGACCCUUUGUUCCCACUAUGCAUUGUUCAUGAUCAUGGGUUUUUUUAAAAAAGAGGAAAAAAAAGAAAGCUUCAUUUUGAAAAUGUCAGCUAACAAAUAUAUGGAACACUGAAUAAUGCAUUGUGGUUUUGUUUUGCUUUUUUCUCUUUAAUUAACCAAACAAUAAGUAUUGUUUUCUAUGUAUGAUAAAUGUAUCCUGCAAAUAAAUUCAUUGUCUGAUUGUU